CACAUGUCGUAAGAAUAGCCUGUUGAUCUUUAAAUCCUAAACAAAGUUCGCCAUUUGAUACCUGAAAGUUUUAAGAUAGAGAGAUAAAAGAAAUGGGAAGUAUUGAAAAGAAAGGGGUAUUGCUUUGCCAAUAACCGCAUAUUAUAGUUUAGUGUAAAAAAUACUGCUGAAGUCAUCCAAUAGAUUUAAAUUGGAGUAGACAGCCAAGUAUGAUGAGUUCUGUGAUGCUUUGGAUUAAGCCACUUAUGGUAACAAUAUGGAUGUGAUUAAACAAUUCGAAUUCUUUAAGGAGAGCAUUAAACCAAAGAUUAAGGCAGGAUUCUAAUUUGGUACUAUAAAUGGAGUUGAAAGUUUGGAUUUAAACACAUUUGAGACAAAGAAAGGAAACUUCAAAACAAAAUAAGGUUCAACAGAUUUAAUUGUUUUUUGGGUAAUAAUGAUAAUAUUAAUGAAUAGUCAUCUGAAAAUGAGAAGUCAACAAGAACUUUGAAUGAACUCAACACUUGGUUAAGUUAGAAUUAAAAUCUUAAAUUACAAAUAAACCCUAUAGCUGUAUCUUUGGAUGAUGAUUCCAAUAACUUUAAAAAUCAUUUAAAGACAAAUUAAUUGACUUAAUUUUAGCAUUAUCGCUAUUCAUUAGGUUGGGAUUCUUCGAAUGCUUUUUAAAGAGCAAUGGAAUUGAAUUACUUACCAAAGAUAGCAGUAGUAGGAAAAGAGAAUCAAGUAAUUGAAGUAACUCGUAAGGCAAGAGAAGUAGAGAAUAUUAUUAAGACUUAUUGGGAAGCAGGAUCAGAAAGUGAAGAUGAAGGAAAAUACAGAGAACUUCUUGAUUAAUAAACUUUUAGAUUUAUCAAAAAAGCAUUGACUUAAUAAAUUUCAGAUUUAUUAUCUUAAAAUAAAAGUUUUGCUAAAAGUGACUUCAUUAGACUAUCUUUAACUAAAUGCUAUAAGAUUGCUUAAGAUGGUUCAAAAGAAAUUGUAGAGAGAAGUCAUUUGAAAGUAUCUUAUGAAGUUUCAGUAUAAUCAUCAUAAACAAUCAAAUUAUUCUUAAAUAAUGUAACAGCUGUUUUGGGUAAAGAUAAUGUUUAAGUGAAGAGAUCCAUUGUUAAGGAUCCAAAAGGAAUGUUGGAUAUGAUAACUAGUGGAUUUUAAGAUGUUCUUAAGAAAAAUUAUAAAGUUAUUUAAGAAUAUACAAUAAGAUCUGAAUAUUUCAAUUAUGUUCAUGAAAAAGAAGAGUUUUAACCUGAUGUUUAAGUAAUAUCAAAGAAAUCAAUUCAGAAUUUAACAUUUAAAGAAUAUUAGACUAUAUAUUCUUAAGUUUUACCAAUAUUUAAAAAAUAUUAAUAAGAAAUAGAUGAUAGUGAUGAUGAUUCUGAUAAUGAUGAAGAAUAAGAGGAAGAUAAAAGAUUGAUUUUUGAUCGUGUCAAUGAAUUAACAGAUUGUUUAAAAUCUGGUUUAGAAUUAAGUUUAGGUUAACCAUUUUAAACAAUAUAAAAUUAUCAUCCUUUUGGUAAAGAUUAAGUAGUUGAUAUUGAACAUAAAGAUGAUUAAGUUUUAAUUGUGAUGUAUUGGGAUGAUAAUUAAUAAUGCAAUAGAUAAUUUACAUAAAUUCUUAAAGUAUUAUUAGUAAAUGAAGAAAAAUAUAAAGAUAAAAUUAGAUUUGUUGCUUUAAGUAAACAUAAAUAAGAAACUUAUGAACUCUUUUUCUUGAAAAAUCAAGGUAUUGAAGAAGUUAUUGAAUUCUAUUUUCCAAGAGAAGAAAAUCAAGCUGAUUAAGUUUAAUACAAUGUGAAAUCAUUUCCACAUUUCAUUGUAGUUGACAAAGUUGGAUCAAUCAGAAUUCAAUCUUAAGUUGAAGAUUUAGAAUCUAUUUUAACAUCUUAUAUAGAAGAAUCAAUUGAAAGUCUAAAUUAAAAGGGUCCAUUAAAUGAUGAUGAAUAUAGUGAGAUUACUUAAUUUUUAUAUUCUGAUGCUAGAAAGAAAUUAUCAUAACUUAAUAACAAGAGAUAAUUCUCACUUAGUUUCAUUUUCAAAGAAAUUGAUUAAGGAGAAAAAGUAGUUAGAUUUGCUCCCAUUAUUUAAUAUACAAUUAGAGAAGGCAAAUAAAAAUAUUUAGAUACAUUUCUUUCUUUAUUGAAUAAAGUUGUUCCAUUAUCAAAUUUCUAAAUUAAUUAAACUGUUUAAAGAACAUUGAAUCUAUUAUUCCCUGGAAAAGCAUGUAAAUUAUGUUAAAAUGAACUUAAUGAUUAAACUUAAUAAUAUUAUAGUCCAUUCUCUGAUGAAUUCUAUUGUGUUAAAUGUUCAGAAAUUGUUGAUACAAAAGCUGCUGGAUAUAAGAAAUUUAGAGUUUAAGAUAAUUUGAUAUUCUUUAAUGCACCACUUGUUGAUAAAUCUGUUUUAAAUGAUAUUGAUGUAUAUAGAUUGGGAAACAACUAAAAAGUUAAAAGAGGAGAACAAUAUACAUAAAAUCAUGCUUUGGAUUGUAAUGGAUGUGAUGGAGAUGUUAAAGGUUUCAGAUAUAUUGCAUUAAAUUGUUUACCAGGAAAACUUACUGAUUUAGUAUGUUUAUUUAAUUUAUUAUUCUUAGGCUUUAGUAGAUUUUUGUUAGGAUUGCUUUGAUCAAAUUAGAACUGGAGGACCUAGACUUGAGAAAAUAGUAAAGAGAACCAAGAUUUAUGGUUACAAUCCUUCAAUGUUGUUGUUGAGAAUACCAUUUUAUAUGGGAUAUUAUGAUUAUUGAGUGGU